GAUGGGAAGUGAUUCUUCAUUAAGAACAUUGUUUCUGGGAAGCCAAACUAUUUUUCGUGCAGUAUUUUUAAUCCAUGCCCCGAACUGCACGUGUGCCUUUAUACUGAUUUAUUGCCAUAGCAACCUAAAGAACGUAAUACUUGACGAGACGACAUUUCGCCAGCCUUAUUUACUUUGUAAUACCUGCUGGCGUUGUACCUUUACGUCAACACAGUAGGUAGGUUUAACACUUUCGUUUAACCUGAAACGCGUCGGUACAGUUUGUUGCUGCUCCGCCUCUGUGGUAAUUUCUAGCAAAGGGUACACCAGAACACCGUAAUGGCUAGUUUAAACACCGACGCAGUCUAUCGGCGUGACUAGUAGGAUCAUUACGGUAAAUGUAGGUUGCGGAGCCUGUGUGUGUCCGACAGACCGGGAGUUCCUCUGGAAGACACUGCGCCGAACAGGUCUCGGAUGUUAUCCUUUCUUGUGAGCCUCGAACAACAUUUCAUCUAGCCAGGUGCAAAAAAAGGGCCUGUCACGCUUGGCUUUCUCUAUUCUUCUGACAAUCUUGACGUCAGUCUUUUGAUAGUGGGAGAGAAGAUAGUUUCUCUGGAUCCAGCCUGACUCCUAUUCCAAAGUUCCAUCCCACCUAAUCAGAAGGAGAGACCCCAACCCUCGCUAAACCUCUUCGGCUGCUAGCUAGCAUCAGCAUGGCAGACAGUCGACAGCCAGAAGACGGUGCCCCUCAGUGGGACCCAUCAGGGGGGCAGGAGCCUGGUGGCACCCAUGGAGCCAAUGGCUACUCCUCCUCAGCCUACAGGACCUGCCAGCCUGGCGGGACCCACGUGGCCACAGCCACCUACUCUGCCAGGGAGAAUGGCUUCAAUGGGGAACUAACUGGAGCUCACGCUAUAACUGCAGAGCAAGUGUCAGCCCGGAUUGUACAGGAAGUGACAGCAGAGGCAGUGGCAGUACUGAAGGGAGAGCAGGAGACUCAAAGACUGCCAUCAGUUGAAGACACCACCAAUUUGCCUCCCUCGCCUCCCCCCUCACCUGCUGCAGAGCACUUUGGACCUCUAGAACAAGAUGUAGGGGAUGAGGAGGAGGCGGGCCCUCUCCGCCGCUUCCAAAAUUCUCGUGAGAGGUGCAAGUUCCUCGCCCCCUCCAUCUCAGUUUCCGUGCCCGAGGACGACCCCUACCACUCCGAAGAGGAGUACUAUGAGCACCCAUUGUUCAGCCCAGAGUGGACGCACUCGGGCUCUCGCCCCACAGGGCAAGCCGUGGCCUUUAGACAGAUUGAAGAAGAGACCAUGGAGGCUCUUACAGCUGAAUACGAGGAGGAGGUGGAAGAUGAGGAGGAGAGUGCAGAGGCAGCAGAGUCCGAGGCAGCUCUUGAUGAGCAGCAGUGGAGUGGGGAAGAGCCCGAGCUGGACAGCCCCCAAGCUGAGCCCUUAGAGCAGGCAGAGGGCAUAGACGAGGCCCAGGAUCUAGACCUGGAGCCGGCUGAGGCAGCUAGUGCUACUGCAGAGAGCUCUAUGGACAGAGAGGAGGAGGAAGCAGAGGGUGAGGAGAGCCCUGAGACAGCUUUGAAGAUGGAGACAGACAAGCAGGACAGUGGAUCCAUGAGCCCUGACAGCAUUGGAUCAGAGAAACGCCCAGAGGAGUUUUAUGAGCCCCAGAUCCAAGGGUUCUUUGCUGGUGAACGAGUUGUACCAGAGAGUCCCACCAUGGAUAUGCCAUCCUUUGUACCCCCAGAUGUUCAAAGUCAAGCCAAGGAACCCGUCAGAUCGCUCACACUUCAGCCUACAUAUGGCGAGCCGAUUACAGUGUCAGAGAAGCAGCCAUCAGUGGAGGUGGUGGAGUUCAGCAGCAUCAGCUCUCCUGCUGAUUUCACAUCAGUGGGAGCCAAAGUUCAAGCAGGAGACUCAACAAGUGACACAAAAGACAGAUCUGGCAUGUCAGCCUAUUUUGAAACAUCAACCAUGGAAGUUAGUGAAGGUCCUCACAGUAAAGGUGAGGGUUAUUACGAACUGAGUAGAGCUGGUGAAAAGAAGAGUACUGAUGAUACUAGUUCUCCUGAGAUCAGCUACAGCACACUUGCUGAAGCUCAAGAUAAACCUGAAGCUAAAAAAAGUACAACAGAAGACACUAGGGUAUUUACAGUUCCUGACAGGAGUAAUGACUGCAGGCUUUCCCCAGGUAAACUUGCCUUAGAGCAGAGGAGUUACUCACUUAACAUCACCAUAGGAGCAAUGGAUCAAAGUGGCCAAGGCAAACAAAGAAACUUCUCCCCACUGGCCACAGAUAUCAUGUCAUAUACCAGUGGAAGUUUAGAUGAGUCAGCAGACUACCUUCCAGUUACUACACCAUCUGCAGAUAAGCCACCAUCUUUCCCUCCACUCAUACUUGAGACAGCCGCUUCCAUUACUUCAGACUCCUCAUCUCCUCCAAGGAUCACAGAGCAGCCUCCAAAACCUAGUCCUGAACCGGAAUCGCCAGAAUCUCCUGAGCCUUCCAAGAAUGCAUAUAAAAAUGGCACAGUAAUGGCACAAGACUUGCCCGAAAUGCUUGACCUUGCUGGUAACCGUUCGGGACUGCAAUCAGAAAACAGUGACCCAGAAAUCAUUCGGAGGAAGUCGAUUCAAUCUGAUUCUUCUGCCUUAACUUAUGACCCACUGUCUAGCCUAAUUUCAGGGGAACAGAGUCCUGGAGCUAGAAAGAGUGAGAGCCAGCUGGAAGAAAUGGGUUAUUGUGUAUUUAGUGAAUAUUCAGGGCCCAUGCCAUCCCCUGCAGAUGUGUUCAGCCCUACAGACACUUCUGCACAAGUCUUCACCCCGUCUGUCCUGGAGGAAAAGGUAGCUGAGCAGGCAAGAAAAUUAGCAGUCAGAGAUGUAUCUUUGGAGGAUAAGACACAGCCAUCGGGAGUUGCUGAUGCAGCUGAAGAAAAAGACCAGAAAGAAGAAGAGAGAAAAGAUUCAGCUGAAGAAAAUAAAAAGAGCAAAGAGGAUGAUCAGAUGAUUACCUCUGUAAGCGAGACACCACUUGCUCAGCCCUGUGAGCCUUUUGUGACACCAACUGUCACUGUGACACUGGAGGAAGGUGGGAGGUCAGUGAGCGAGACCGAACGGCAAGCCAGCGGUGAAGGCUCAGCGUCAGAAACCGAGAUUGCCGACUAUGAGAGGCAGAUCCGGAAACUGGAGAUGGAGGACAGGCCUCUCAGUUUGGAGGAGGAGCGAGAGCUGCAGGAGCUUCGAGAGAAGGUGAAGCUGGUGCACCAGGAAGCCUAUGAGGAAGUGGACGCUGAAGAUGUGUACCAGCUGACUGGUGUGGCCAAGGACCGAAUUGCCAGGCCUGUUAAAACUUCCUCUGCCUCAUCUGUGGAGAGUAACAUCGAUGAUGACAAGCUGCUCUCCCCAGUGCUCUCACCUUCCAAACUUAAACAAAGAGAAUUGUAUGGCUCCCCGAAAAGAGCAGCUUCACCUGUGUUAGGCAUAAACAAAGAUGAGAGAGAAGAUCCAGAAAAGAAAAUGAAGGCAGAGCAAGAGAAAGAAGCAGUCGAGAAGAAACUUACAGAGGAGGAAGAAAAGAAAAUCAAGGAAGAGGCAGAAAAGAAAGAACAAGAAAUGAAAGAGAGAGAAGAGCAGAAAAGGAGAGAGAAAGAAGAGGCAGAGAGGAUAUUGAAGGAAGAAACAGAAAGGAAGGAGAAAGAACAGAAAGAGCAGGAAAUGAGGGAGAAAUUGGAGAAAGAGCAGAAAGAGAAAGAAGAGAGGGAGUUGAAAGAAAAGACAGAAAGAGAGCAGAAAGAGAAAGAAGAGAGGGAAAAGAUGGAACAAGAGGAGAGAGAAAGGAAAGAAAGGAUGGAAAAAGAAAGGAUAGAGAAGGAGUUGAGAGAGAAGGAAGAGAAAGAAACUAUAGAAAGGCAGCUGAAAGAGAAGGAAGAGCGUGAGAAGGAGGAAGAGAUGAACACAAAAGUUGCAGACCAGCCUGAAGUGGAUGCAAGACAAAAAAAAGCUGAUGCAAUAAAGCCUGCUGAGGCUGAGAAGCUGAAGGACAAAGGCGACGUGACGAAGGAAAUACCCGAGGCUCAUGCUGCCAUUGAAUCUGUGGUGACAGUUGAAGACGAUUUCAUUACUGUGGUUCAAACCAUUGAUGAAGCCGAAGAGCCGGGCCACAGCGUUCGUUUCUCUGCCCCACCUGAGGCUGAAGCAGUUUGCGUUGCUGCCCAGAAAGAAGAAGGAGAAGAGGAGGAAGAAGAAGAGUCUGUGGAGCUGGCUCAGGAAGCGGACAUAGAGGCUGCCAGUUUAGAGGAAAUGGGAGAUGUUCCUGAAAUUCCCGGCUCCCCCGAGAGGGAGGCUCAGACCAUAGAAACAGAAGGACCAACAGAAAGCUAUGAUAGAGAUGAAACCACAAUGGAUGACUCCAUUCUGGACAGCUCCUGGGUUGACACUCAAGAUGACGAUAAGAGUAUGGUAACAGAGCACACUGAGCCUUUGCCCAAGAUGUUUAGUCCGGUCAAAAAACCUGCUGUGGUCCAGAACAAACUAGCACAACAGCGGAAGACAGAGAAACAGGAAAAGCCUGUUAAAGCCAAGACUAAGGGGGGGCGGCCUAAGGGACGAAUCUCGACUCCAGAACGCAAACCUACCCGCAAAGAACCUGCCUACAUCCCCAAAGAGGAACUCAAGAAGAAAAAAGCAGUGAUAAAGAAGGCUGACCUUGCCAAAAAAAUGGAGACUCGGACUCAAUCCCCCUCCAAGAGGACUGCAGGGAAAGCAGCAGUCCGCCAGACCCGUCCUAUCCAGCACCACUCCUGCCCCAGGAGGAUAACCACAGAGGUCCUACCUGACAGUCGUCAGCCUCUCAGCGUUGCCAGACAGUCUCGUGACAGAGCAUCGUGCCAUGCCCAUCAUUUACCGUUUACAAAGAUCCCCACCUUCAUAUCCAGAGCGGCUGCCUCGUUAGAUAGACCUCGUCCAUCCUCAGCAGAGCCUCGGGGCUCCACAGAAUUACAGAAACAAAUAGCUAAGGAUGGUGGGUCACGGAGCCCAGAGAAGAGGUCUUCAGUGCCACGCCACACCUCAUUUAUGAGUCGCCGUGGGCCCUAUGACCAUGAAGAGAGCUCUACCUCUAUCACUAGCUCUGGCUCUACGGCUCCUCGCAGGCCCACAUCAUUUCGCACUGAGAUGAGGGCAGAGCACAGGACAGGGCGAGCUCCUAGCAUGACAGUUACAGAAUCAGUGCGGUCACGUUCAGCUCGCAGUGGUCACUCCACCCCACGCACCCCUGGCUCAACAGCAAUCACCCCAGGAACUCCUCCCAGUUACUCAUCAUCUUCAAGGACCCCCGGGACCCCACGCUCCCUCAGUCUGAUUUGUCAGGAGAGGAAGGUGGCUGUGGUCCGUACCCCACCCAAGUCACCUGCAACCACACCCAAGCAGCUCCGUAUUAUCAACCAGCCACUCCCUGACUUCAAGAAUGUCAAGUCUAAGAUUGGCUCCACAGAGAAUAUCAAGUAUCAGCCUAAAGGAGGACAGAUUCAUAUUUUAAACAAGAGGCAGGACUUCAGCCCAUCACUGUCAAAGUGCAGCUCCAAGGAUAAUCUGAAGCACUCUCCUCGUGGAGCCAAUGUACAAAUACAGAACAAGAAGAUUGACUUGAGCCAUGUGACCUCCAAGUGUGGCUCUCUAGACAACAUCCAUCAUCGGCCAGGAGGUGGUAAUGUGCGUAUCGAGAGUGUGAAGUUGGACUUCAAAGACAAAGCCCAAGCAAAGGUGGGUUCCCUGGAAAAUGCUCACCACAUUCCUGGUGGAGGCCACGUCACGAUUGAAAGCCACAGGUUGACAUUUCGGGACAAUGCCAAGGCCCGAGUAGAUCAUGGAGCCGAGAUCAUCAUCCAGUCACCUGGUCUGUCUGGCUCAGUGUCUCCCCACCGCAUCCGCGAAAGCCAUCUAUCAUCCUCCGGGAGUCUCAACAUGAUGGAUUCCCCACAGUUAGCAACCUUGGCGGAGGAUGUCACUGCAGCUCUGGCCAAGCAGGGUUUGUGAACACUGGAUCUCUGGAUCGCUGCUCUGCACCCAAGACGUCCUCAUCCUAAUCCAUUCAAACUUUUCUGUCCUCUCCUGCCACCCUAAGGCUGACUGAUUACCGCUACUACUCAGCUAAACCGGUUCUAAGUAGAGACUCAAAGUAGGAGCUACUGUACUUUGGUCCUAUUUAUUCUGUUUUCUGUCUAUUUUAAACCCAAACGUGCUAUUUCUGAUUGAUUUCGAUCUCCCUCGUUUUGAAUGAUGUUGCAAAGAAAAGUUUGCCGUAUCCUCUAAAUAGUGGGGACAAAAGAUUGGCUUUACUGGUCUUGGAUCAGUGUUGAAGAAGCAACAGCCUUUUUUCUACUUUGAAUAAGAAAUAACGCGACAACCACUACACCAUACCGCACGUAUUGCUCUUGUUCAGUAAACGUGCAUGGACACCCUAUCAAAACACGCAUCCUUACUGCAAGUCAUUCUUGUCAUCCAAUAUAUAAUAUAUUUAUCAAAUAUAUAUAGAAACAUGUAUAAAAUAAAGGUUCUUUGCCAUCUACAUGUCCUGAAAACAUUUUAAAAGGAAGUGACAAAAUGGCUAGAAAAUCUGUAAAAUUGCAUUUAUGCAAGCAACUAGGUCAUGUUACCACGAGCAUGUAUGGAUUCAAGUCUUAAAAGAGGCUAUUUUGUAAUUUAAAAUAAGGAUUUUAGUAAGUUAUUUCCUCAUUUAUUGGAUAAAAAUUAAACAAGUUCAUGUUUUGUAGUUGAUAGUUGUUUACAGUGUAAUGCUUGGUGACAGUGUCAGACAGCUGAUUUGGUGUUGCUAAAGAAUGCAUCUCAGUCAUGUCAAAGUGCAUCACACACUUGCACCUGCUCAGCGGUUCAACGCAGAAGCCUGUCCAUACAUCACAGCAGUAUUAAACACUGGCACUCAUUCGACAAACAUCCUCAAAAGGAAAGUCUGUUCAGACGCAGCUCACAAGAAUAAACAGUACUGACAUUUCUCCAGUAUUAUAGGCUGACAUUGCCCUCAUCGGGACUGCCGGAACCACAGAGGAGAUGCUACAAUUUGCGACCUGAUAUUUAGCAGAAGAUGCAGCUACUCUGAAAUCUGUCUGUGCGUGUGCUUUUUGGUGCAGGUCCCCUGCUGUUUUACAGCGGACGCUACCGUAUCUGGAUGUUUUGUUGCAAUAUGUGGGAGAAUAAAUUGGACAAAAAUAUUUUGAAAAAUCCUAAAAGUUAAAAAGACUCUAAAUGGAGAAAAAUAAAAGAAAGCUCAGUCAACUCCUGUUAUGUCUGUUAGGAAAAAAAAAAGUGUUUGGGUGAUCUAGUUUCUUUUUCAGACACCAUUUGUGGUAUGCCCUGCCUCCUGCCUACUACUUACUGCCCUCACCUGCAACUGUUUGUUUGCUUCUGUGUUUUUUCUGCAUUCCCCAUCUCUGUGUGCCCCUUCCCCACCUCCUACUCCAACCUACAGCAACUGUAAAUGUAUUUAAAAGGUCAAGUAGAUGUACGCAGUUUUUCUCUUGUUGAUAUGACACCAGUUACAAUAAUUAAUGACAAUAAAACGACCAAAAAAUGGGAAAAAAG